GACAAAUCAUACCAAUUGACGCGUUUUUUACUGCAGAACUAGUCCUAUACUUUAGCCAAUGAGAAGUCGACUUCGUUUCCCUCCUGUGGCAGUCAUGGCGCCACCCGUGAGGUACUGCAUUCCGGGCGAACGUCUGUGUAACUUGGAGGAGGGCAGCCCGGGCAGCGGCACUUACACGCGACACGGCUACAUCUUUUCGUCGCUUGCUGGCUGCCUGACGAAGAGCAGCGAGAACGGAGCGCUUCCUGUCAUUUCUGUGAUGAGAGAAACAGAAUCGCAAUUACUACCAGAUGUGGGGGCUAUUGUAACCUGUAAGGUCUCUAGCAUCAAUUCGCGCUUUGCCAAAGUGCACAUCCUGUAUGUGGGGUCCACACCACUUAAGAACUCUUUUCGAGGAACUAUCCGCAAGGAAGAUGUCCGAGCUACUGAAAAAGACAAGGUUGAGAUUUAUAAGAGUUUCCGCCCAGGUGACAUUGUCCUAGCCAAAGUGAUCUCCCUGGGUGACGCACAGUCCAAUUACCUUCUGACCACUGCUGAAAAUGAGCUUGGGGUAGUGGUGGCCCACAGUGAAUCGGGGUACAGCUGCAAUUAUCUUUGUCCUGGGCUAGUCAUCAGCAAACCACCACAGACCCAUACAGUUCUUCCUGCCAAACACAGAGAAAAUGGCCUCCUUUCCCAGCUCUUUCCCUUUCCCAGCCUCUCCUAAAUGUAAGUCACACCAAGCCAUCUCAAAGCAGACACACAGCCAGCAGGAUUACAUUUCCUACACUUUCCAAACCUUUGCUUCAAUUCAAAAGGAUCUACGGUGAAGGCAAGAAGCUAGAAAGAGUAACCUGAGGCCAAAUACCUGUUCCACAUCAGGCAUCAAUGACCCUUUGAAAUGGCUGCUUCAACGUCCAGAGGUUAGAAGAGCGCAGGGCCAGAUCUGCCCUAAUUACAUCAGUGGAAGCACCUCCUCAGUACAGAGGGAUUCUCUGAGUUGCUGGCAGCUGAGAAUGCUUCCUUAUAAAAAGCAUUCCAAAACCACAAAGAGCUGUUCGCCGCAGGGGGCAAGCCUGGGUAGGUGAGUUUAUCUCACUGCCACUUCCACCUUUGCCCAGCGUCUACCUGUUACUCAACCCAGAAUUGAAGCGAGCGGGAUGGACUAGGAAUAAGGAGAUACGACCUUGAACAAGUCAUCUAUGCAAUCCUCACUCUUCCCAGCUAUAGAAGAGGGCCGGGGAGGGAAAGAAAGGAAGGGGAUAAUAAUCUACUUCAUGGAAUCGUGCAGAGGACAACUCAAAUUAUUCAUUCAUUCACUCAUUCAUUCACUCAAUUACAUUUGUGGAUGCAUUUGGGGCACAAGAUUCGUGGGAUGCUGCUGAACAGCAAAGGCCUACAUAAGCACGUGGGUUUCGUGAGGCCUGUUGUCCGCCCAGCGCCGCGUUACUCCCCCACAGUCGGGGACAAGCGUGUGGUCUGACGCUUCACGAGGAUCCGCAGCAGCCUCUUGAAAAGGCUUGGUUACAGCUCCCGGAAGACACCGGCCAUCCAAUUUAAUAACCCGUCCCCGAGUUAGUGAAUGCUCAGAUUAGUAAAUGGGAGAAUUUCGCCAAGGCGGUGUCGUGGAGAAUGCAGUGGGUUGCGGGGCGACCGCCCCCAGUCCUCUUCCCGGCGUGGCCCAUCACACCACUGGGUGACCUUGAGCAAGUCGACAGCCCCCCACCCCCCCCCCCCGCACACACACCCUGAAACCAUUUUGCCAACCGCAAAAUAAACUGCAGAAGAGCUGAAGCCCAAGGUCAGCCCUCUCCGCGAGGGUACGGGGGCGAGCCAGGCGGCCCUCAACCAGGGGCGCCCGCCCGAGCCUCCACAGCCCGCCCCGGCCCGUUCCUCACCUCGCAGCGCCUGCCCGCCGCGCUUCGCCUCCUCGUGCCCGGCAGGGCUCAAGUCGGCGUCGUACCAGCCGCUGAAGCGGUUCUCCAGGUUCCAAGUGCUCUCGCCGUGCCUGAUCAGCACCAGCUUAUAGGCGGCCAUGGUGGCGGCUCGGGGUGCGACGCAGAGUGGGACUCGCUGAGAUUCCGGAGUCGCUGUCCGGCCCCAGCCGCGCCUGCGCACUCGCACUCCACCGCCCAGCUCCCGCGCACUUGCUCUUCCAAAUCUUUCCACUCGCUCUGGGCCGCCCUCCGCCCGCCGGGUGUGCGCAUGCGCCCCGUGCCAGCGUUGCAGCCGCCGUGGGGGAGGGGCGCGCUCGAGGGCGCCAGAGCGCAUGCGGUCUCGUCCGCCUGUCCCUCGUCAGCCGCGGCGGUCACGGAGCGCACGUAAGCUCCGAAAGGCGGCGGAACUUUCACCUCGCGCCGGGGCGUGCAUGCCGGUGGUAGCGUUGAAGAGCAGCCGUGCUUUCCUUGUGUUGCCGCUAUUCAUAAGCCGAUUGUCUUAAAGUGGCUCUUAUUGUUUGAAUCGCGCUUAGGUGCGCCAAAGCCCUGCUGGUUCCAAAGCCCUGCUCUUUACAUAAACACUGGGCUGUUUGUCCCACCUCUUCGAGGGUCUCAUAGCCUCUCUCUAGUCAGUAUCUGAGCCCCUUCAAAUAUUCCAGAAAGAGGAGAAUCACUGCUUGUUCCUCCCCUACACUCAAUCAGCAGUUUAAGAUCUGCUUAUCUGGGCAGCUCUCUGCUGCCCAUGCUACUGUCUCCUGGUUUACUUCAAACUGGUCACUUUAUUGAGCACCAAACAGGAAUCAGUCAGUGGGCUACUGCCAAAGAUGGAUUGAAUCUGUUUUCUGCCCUUCGCAGCAAGUGGAGCGCAAAGAAGACCCACAUGUAAACAGCUAACAAUGAAAUUGUGCUGUGUGCUACAUUUAACGGAUUGUAAACAAGUUUUUAACAUGCAGUCAAAAAUAAAAAAACAAAAACGUGCCAGACAGUGUUAUAAAUGCUUUACAAACAUAAAUAUUUAAUCCUCCUAUCCUUAUAAUGAUCCUAUGAAGCAAGUAUUAUAUUUUUUUAUUUACUGAUGAGGAAAUGAGCCAUGAGGUAAAUUGCCCAAGGUUACAGGACUUAGGAUUCAAGCUGAGGCUUGCUCCCAAAUCAAUGUGUGCUCAGACCCAGAAAAAUAAAUUGUCCAAAAUCACAGCUUGGAAGUAGAGGAGAAACCAAGAUUCAAACCCAAGCAGUCCAAUGGCCUUGGGUGCACUCUAAUCACAAUGCUCUUGCCUCCCUCCUCUGUAGCAGGGAGAAGAUGGAAUUCAGUGACCAGACAGAUGACUGAGGUGAGGUCCAGCUCUAAAAGCUACACCCAGAGUUCACAGAAUCCCAGGGCUACAAAGUGAGAACUGCCUUUGAAGGCCUCCUGUUCAGGCUCCCAGCAUGGCCCACAUGGGGAUCCUUGAAAGACUCCCUCUUUGGAGGUUCUCCCUCUGCCUGAUCCUACUUCUUGGUCAUCCCAAUCCUGACACCCAGCCCCUCUCAGGGAGAGCUUUUCCAGCCUUAACCUUGGCUUUUCAGACUGUACUUUUUGUCCCUCUGCCUUGGCCCUAAUCCAUACUCCCUGUCAUGGCUCCUGCCAUGUCCCUUUCUCUUCCCCCUGUUCUCUGCUUCAAGAUUUCCAUGCUUUUGUGUAGUUGAGGUCUCAUAUUUAUGCAAUGAGUAGGAGAUAAAUAGGAAGAAAUCUGA